AUGUCCGGGGCAGCGGAAGGUUUGGCUGGGCUUGCUCUAAGUGCAAUAAACGUUGUAGCCUUGUUCACGACGUGCAUUGAGUGUUUUGACAUUGUUAUUGCUGGAAAGAACUUCGGUGAAGAUUUUGAGCAGUUGUGUGCUUUGUUCUCAUUGGAGCGUGCUCGAUCUGUGCUCUGGGGCGAGUCUGUGGGAUCAAUUCCUGAACCAAAUACUGGCCUUCGUUUGAAGUAUGACGUGAAAAGUAUGCGAUUGCUCCGAGGUGUUACUUCAAGCCAUAAAGAUUCUGCCACUCUAGAUGUUUCAGAAACUGCAAGUAGCCGUAUGUUCAAAAUUGAGGAAAAUGGGUAUAUCACCAGAGUUAUCACAAAAUCUUCGUCUACGUAUGGCUCGAGUUUAUCAUUCAAAACUGCGUUGUCAAAGCCAUCGCAAGAUAUUGACAGUCUGGCUUCCUCGACUCCGCAGCCACCUGAAGCUUGGCCACGAUUGCUGCAAUCCCCCAACAAGAACACGAAAAAAAUGGCACUUCUCAAUUCUGCCAUAGCUUGUGAACAAUGUUCUUACGAUGAAAAGAAAUGUGUGACGAAAACUGAAGUAUUUCAAUGUUAUAGUUGUAUCCAGACUGGGAAGAAUUGUAGCUUCUCAAGACGAUCCGCUGAAAUGACGCAUACAACUUCAACGUCAACUUCUCAUGAAACAGCAUAUUUGGAUAAUAAUCUAACCAACGAAUCAUCUACAAACCAAGUGUCACAGAACCGCCGUCUUAUGCAAGGACUUGUUGCGGUCACUGGGUACCGCCGGCAUCUGAGCUUCUCCGACGGCGAUAAACACUUUGGAAAUCGACUUACUGCUAAUAAGAACCAGGAUCUAGAAUACUGGGUUCACAAUUCUGGAAAGCUGGUUCCGACUGCCAAUACUGGUACUGCAGCUUUGCUGCGAAUUUUUCUUGAGCUUCGCGAUAUUCGGGAGACUAAUGUACCAUUUAUCAGCGCUAUUACUGUCAAUGGCUGCCUGAAUACUAUACUGGCCAGUAUAGAGGGGCCCCCCGAGAAGCCCUUUGAAGGAGGAAUAUUUUGGAUUACUAUAAGAAUAACUGAUCGAUAUCCUGGUCAACUGCCACUCAUGAGAUUCACAACUAAAAUUUACCAUCCAAAUGUAUCCCCACAAGGAUAUGUCCGCUACGCAGAUGGUCAGCUUCAAAAAUAUUCAAAACCUUUGAAUAACUCCGACAAGUGGUUCUUGGGAAGUGAUAGAAAACUCAACUGGUCACUUGGAGCACUACUCACCGCACUAUGCGGUCUUUUAUCUUCUCCAGACGUAGAUAAUCCUUUAGUGCCAGAGAUUGCGCAAACUAAUCUUGAAGAUUAUGAUGAAUAUUGUUGCAAUGCUCGACUAUAUACUAAAAUGUACGCUAUUGAUGAGAGGCCAGACGAAUCACAUCUUCUUUUUCCAGAUGAUUUCUCCGAAGAAAUUAAUGUCGUGGACUUCUCUCAUGAUGAUUGCAAAGAAGAAGAGCCCGAAGAUGACUUCCUAAGCUUACAGAGCUCUCUUAGAGAGGAACAAGAUAUCAAACUUACAGGAUAG